UUUCAUUACUUUUUGGUGAGCAUUUGCAAAACAUCACAGAAUCUAGUACGUUGUAUCUUAGAGUAGCGUCGUUACCAUAUAUUCCUACUCUGUAUGAAGGCUUCCGAGGUCUAGCUGAAAGAUACUACUGAUUGGACCCUACGUAUCAGUGAUUUGGGAAUUUUAAAAGCAAGACGAAAGGGACAAUUUUCUGCCAAAAAAGGGAGUCAGAAGAAAAACAAAUCUCUUGGAUGUCUCUCAUGGAUACCAUUGGGGUAGGAACGUUCCUCCUUCUGGUCAUAACCAGCAUUUUCAUGUACCUGACAUGGAACCAAAUGUACAGGAAACGUAACCUUCCUCCAGGUCCAACGCCUCUCCCGCUGAUCGGAAAUCUGCUGCAUAUAAAGUUGGGUGAAAUGGCCGGAUCGUUAAUGAAGCUGAGAGACCAGUAUGGCCCAGUCUAUACAUUGUUUUUUUGCAUGAGGCCUGUGGUUUUUAUUUGUGGAUAUCAGGCGGUGAAGGAAGCUCUUGUAGAUCAUGCAGAGAUAUUUGGCAUUCGUGGAAGACUUCCUUCAAUCGAUAAAUUUACUCAGGGAUAUGGAAUUGGUUUUGCAAAUGGGGAACGCUGGAAGCAAAUGCGACAGUUCUCAUUUAAGACUCUAAGGGAAUUUGGACUUGGGAAGAAAAGCACAGAGUUGAAGAUUCAGGAGGAGGUACAGAAUCUGGUGAAUGAAAUAAAAAUAGUAAAUGGUUUACCAAUAGAUCCAUCGAAACUGAUUAUGGGUACUGUAUCCAGAGUAUUUUGUUUUAUUAUAUUUGGAAACCAAUUUGAAUACGAAGAUGAAAAAUUCACAAACAUAUUCAGUUUUGCAAAAGAGACCGCUAGACUUAUGAGCACACCGUGGGCACAGUUGGAGGAUACACUUCCAGAGGUGAUGAAAUACAUCCCAGGGCCACACAAAAAGAUCAUAGCUGUAUCAGAAGAAAUGGUUGCGUGUAUACAAAAGAGAGUAGUGAUCAACCAAGCAACAUUAGAUCCUACCUGCCCUAGGGAUUAUAUUGAUUGUUUCCUUAUCAAGAUGGAACAGGAAAAACACAAUCCUAACACAGAGUUCACCAUGAGAAAUUUAUUGAUAUCAGUUCACAAUCUGGUUCUUGGUGCUACAAAUACUGUUGAUAUCACACUGAGGCACGCACUCUUAAUAUUACUGACAUAUCCUGAGGUACAAGCCAAACUUCAUGAGGAAAUUGAUCAGGUGAUCGGAAGAAAUAGACUUCCACUGCUGUCUGACCGGAGCCAGAUGCCUUAUACAGAAGCCGUGAUCAAUGAAGUCCAGAGAUUUGCUGAUAUUUCUCCCCUGAAUAGCACACAUUCAGUGACAAAAGAUGUCCAGUUCCGAGGAUAUACUAUACCCAAGGGCAUUGAUGUCUAUCCAUUGCUCUGUACUGUUCACCGUGAUCCCAGCCAAUUCUCUACACCGUACAAAUUCAACCCCAACCACUUCCUAGAUGAGAAUGGUCAAUUCAAGGAGAAUGAAGCUAUGAUGGCUUUUUCUGCAGGGAAGCGGAGAUGUCCCGGGGAGGGACUCGCUCUCAUAGAGCUCUUUCUAUUCCUCACCAUCAUCCUGCAAAACUUCACCUUAACCUCAGAGAAAAAGUUUAGUGAUGAUGAAGUCGCACCAAAAUUUACUGGAUUUGUAAAUCACCCCAUAUCUUUUCAACUCUCUUUCAUUGCUCGAUAAUAUUUUUGUCAACU